AUGCCACUUCAACAUGUCCUUAAAAGACCUGAUACAUAUGUUGGCUCCAUUGUUGACAUUACUGAGAAACAAUGGAUAUAUAAUCUCGAGGAAGACAAGUUGGAGCAUAAGGAAAUAAAUUAUGUGCCAGCUUUUUUUAAAAUUUUUGAUGAAAUACUUGUUAAUGCUGCUGACAAUAAGAUACAAGAUCCCUUAAUGAAUAAAAUAAAUGUUAAUAUUGAUGAAGAUGAUGGUCAAAUUUCUGUAUACAAUAAUGGUAAAGGCAUUCCAAUUGAAAUCCAUGAGGAAUUAAAUGUUUAUGUGCCAGAGAUAUUGUUUGGUCAACUUAUGACAUCAUUAAAUUAUAAUGAUGAUGAAAAGAAAUUUACUGGUGGAAGAAAUGGCCUUGAUGCAAAAUCUGCAAAUACAUUUAGCACUAAAUUUACUGUUGAAACUAUUGACAUGGCCAGGGAAAAAAAAUAUGUUCAAUCUUUUUAUAAAAAUAUGACAAAAACUGACAAACCAAAAAUUACUGCUUACAACAAAAAAGAAGAAUGCACCAAGAUAUCAUUUAAUCCAGAUUUUGAAAAAUUAGGGAUGUCAAAAUUGACUAAUGACACAAUUGCUUUAUUAAAUAAACAUGUAUAUGAUAUAGCAGGAACAGUAAAAAAUGUCAAGGUUUUUCUUAACAAUAAACAUAUUCAAGUUAAGAUUUUUGAGGAAUAUGUUCAAAUGUAUCUGAAAUCAGUAGAUGCUGGAUCUUCAAAAACCAAUGUUGUUCAUGAAAAAUUUGGUGAACACUGGGAAGUCAGCAUUGUACCUAGUGUUCAAGGACAGUUCCAGCAAGUAACUGCAGGCCUUUGGUUGAGAGACCUGGAUGCAUUGGAGGCUGCAUGGAAUGAAUGUUUAAUAAGACAUAGCUCAACAGAUAAUGAUGAUGAUCAUCAUCAACAACCACAUAAUAACAAGGAAGAACCUGAUAGGAGGAAAAGGAGGAGAAACAAUGGUGGUGGAGCAACAUAUGCCUAA